AUGGCGAUGCCUUGUGGGGCACUAGGGGGCGCUGUGCUCGGCUCCAUGGUUCGGCCUGGGUACGGCGGCGGUCACGGUUACGGAGGCGGCUACGGUGGCUAUGGCUACCCCAGGUACGGCAGCGGGUACGGGAGCAGGAGCUAUGCGGCUUCAGGCACCGGCGCCUACGUGGACGGAGAGUUCCGGAAUGAGACGGAUAUGGAAUACUACAUGAGUGGCGUCGCCGACACCAGAGUGUCCCAGACAUGCAACAUCCUGCUGGGAUCGGCACUCUCCUUCAUCAUCGGACACUGGGCACUGUGACACAGACAAGUGGGUGUCCUUUAUGGACGAGUGUGUGUGUGUUAGUGUGAGUUUGUCUGUGUGUGUGUGUGUGUAUGAUGAAUGAGUGAUGUGAUGAAACAAUGGAGUAUUUGCAUUGUGUCUCACUCAGAUACUUGGCCACUGGAGAGAGGUGAGGUGAUGGGUGAUUGACACCCGUUGACUGUGAGUGUAAGUGAAUGAGCGCUUCAGUGCUAUGUUGGUUCAUUUCACAGGAGAGACAACCAAGGUUCUUUAACCUAGAACACUUCUGUUGUUUGAAUAGUCACUGUAAUAAUUCCGUGUCAAACAGCUUCAUGCUUUUCAGGGAUUUGAAAUGUUUGUUUACAUGAGAUGAGUUUGCUUUUGCAAUGUCUGUUUUGUAGUGACAGCACUAGCAAAUAUUGAUGCUACCUGUUGUUUAUGAUUUUGACCCUUCAAUGGAUCUCAACCGUUAAGAGGGAAUUCUGCUUUUAGUGAAAAUGUAUCAUUUGGUUGCAACACUUGGAUCUGCUGGGCAGUAAGCACUUAGGACAGUCAACCACCUUCUGGGAUAGUCGGCAGAGUCUUAUGCUUUCUGCUCAGGCUCCCACAGCAGCUGAAUGUCCUACCUCACGCCAGUGGGUUAGAUGACUGGUGCUAGAGCCAAGCCAACACCCAGUGUUAGCAUACGAGACAAAAGUAAUAUUUGCAAUUUUGUUUGAUCUUUACACUUGUUUUGGUACAGUGCAUAUCUUUCUUGUAUGUUUUCAUAUAUGGAUGUGUAUAUUUUUGACUUCUGGACAAUACCUCACAUCAGGAAACAACUUGUUUAUAAAAUCUCAUUAUGGACGGCAGCAUCACUAUGCCCUGUCAAGGCUGCAGUUUCAGUGUCUGACCCUUUUCCCCUGAUUUACGUUUAAAACAUUGCUUUGACAUCACACCUUUGCAUUUUGUGAAAUAAACACAGUUGUGAAAUAUUA